UUUUCUGUUGUUGUCCUGUUUUGAAGCCCUCUGUCCUGGCGUCCUUCACCCCUCCACUCCACUCUCUUUCUUUCUCCUCCUUCCACUCACGCUUCCCUCCACAGUGGGACUCUUCCUCGACAGAGACUCCUGUCAGGUCCGCGGCAUCAAGUCUUUUGGGAGCUCCGUUGAAGCCUGAAACCAUGCUGACGUUUUUGGCGCUGGCGUCGGUUGUCCUCCUGGGAAUAGUGCCUGAGCAGUCCCAGGCCAUAGUGAUUUACACCGGCUGGGAGCGCCACGCCCUGCUGGGCUCCGACGUCCGGCUGUCCUGCUCCUUCUUCUCCUGGCGCUGGACCUCGGAGGACGUCACCUUCUCCUGGACCUACAGGCCCGAUGGCUCCCGGGACAGCAUCUCUAUCUUCCACUACACCAGUGGUAUGGCCUAUGUGGACAACAAGGGCCCCUUCAGGGACCGCGUGGAGUUUGUGGGGAACCCGGGCCGCCGUGACGGCUCCAUCCUGAUCAAGAACCUGGACUACAACGACAACGGCACCUUCACCUGCGACGCCAAGAACCCCCCUGACAUCGUGGGCCGGCCCUCCAGCGUCCGCCUGCUGGUCUUUGAGAAGGUGCCCAUCCAGGCCGGAGUGAUCACGGGGUCCAUCAUCGGGGUGGUGCUGGGCCUGCUGGUGCUCGUCGUGGUCAUCUACUACCUGAUGAGGUUCCUGGUGGCGCGCCGCGUCUUCAGCCUCAGUGUCAGCAAACAUGGCAAGAAAAAGAAAGAGGGAUCACAGCAGAGACAGGGCCCCGUGCCUCCCGCCGACCCCUCCAAGGUGAAGGCGGCUGCCUCGGAAAAGAAGAAACAGGAGUCACGCAAGGAUAAGAAAUAGGAUGCGGGGUUGGGUUGGAGCGGGCUCGCCAGCCGCCUGCUUCAGCCCGUCCACCUGGCGGUGUUCAAGGCCCAGCCCAAGCAGCAGCAGCAGCAGAGAACCGUAGCCAGGAAGACAGAGAGGGAGGAGGGAGGAGGGGAGGAGGGCCGGGUGCUGAUGACCAUCGAGCUGGAGCUGACCCGCAAAAAUGGGGAGGAGAGGCCCGGCGGCGAGGGAGGGAUAGGGAGGUCCAAACCGCUUGGCUUCCUCUCCCGCCUCGCUAACCGGCUCACAUUCAAAGAAUAAAACAACUGGGAGGCAGGGGGAGAGGGGGGAGGGGGGAGGGAGCCGGGAAAAGUCUACCGAUGAGACAGCAGAACCACAAACCUACUACGCACCCACCGCACCGGCAACCUGAGUCCCUGAAUAAAUGAGUCAAAUCAUAUCUGCUCUUGCCACAGGCUGAUGACUGCAGACGCAGCUCUGUGGGCCGAGAUCUGAGAUGUCGUGAUAAUCUCCUACACCAGCCGGCACCCCGAGUACUUUUGUCAGGUCAUAAGAUAUGCCAUUUGAAGCGAGACCCUGUAGACGGCUGGGUUUGAUAACAAAAUCUAAAAAAGCUGCUCCCCGGGUUUUGCCUUUCUGGUUCCUUUCAUUGUGAUCCUAUCCGCCGCAGAAAGAAAAAAAAAAAGCUUUCUCCAAGUGCGUCCGAUACGCAUCACGAAUCCCAAGCUGCGGGGACAAGCCAAUUUGCUUUUCCGUAGGCGACGUGUCAAACUCUUAACUUUCUCCCUCCACACUGAUCUCCAUUCUUUUUCCUUUCCAACACCAUCUCUUCCUCUUUCACUGUGAAUUUCCUGACUUUCUUGUUAAUUCAGAUUACAGAAGUGAUUUAUAUGCUAACUGCUCUAUCCUCUUUCUCUUCCUCUCUCACUUCCCUUCCCUCUUUUUCUUCUUUCCUUCUCUCUCUCUCUCUUGUAGAUAAAGGUCUGACUUCUCCAUGACUGUCUCCACUCCUCUAGUCUGCUCCCUCCUAUUCUGCCCAGCCUGAUGCGACCCCCAUUAUUUCCCAUUAUCUCUACUCUUUCAAGACACCACUAGCUGUAAGAAUAGUCCGACUAUAUCGGUGGCAACAACGUCAAAUUAUUUUGCUACUACGGCUGAUUGGAGAUCCCCGUAUGCACUCAUUGGGCAAACUGUAAAACUGUUCAAACCCCUAACAACGCACAUAACUUCCUUAAGAGGAACCCAGAAGAAUCUCCUGAAUCUCCCCCCCCCCCCCCCCCCCCCCUUUCAUGUUUACGACUCAAUCGCACACACUGAGCGGAGCUGUGAGUGCAGUCUGGACUUCAGAUAGAGAGAAGGGGGAGACAGAGAUGGAGGGGAGAGUGAUAGUGAGAGAGAAAUAUGAUUUCUGCUCUCAGCGUCUAUCGGCGUAGAUGGAGGUUCGGGCCCUCAAGCUUCGGGGGUGAUUCAAUCCUCUCACAUUUGAGCUAAUGGAGGUUGUCGCUGUGUCCCCUGCCCUGGCUAAAGGGGCCUAUUUCUGGCACUAUAAGAGCGCACAGCCUUACUGUAACAGCUGCACAUUUUUCUGAUAACAGAGGGAGGGAGGGGAGGAAAAAAAUGACAGAGGUGAUCAGGAAAGAGGGGGGAGGGGGGGGGGUAGCCUGCUGUGGUGUUUGUGCCUGACUCCGCUUUUGACUCGACGGCCGGCGACUGACGACCUGAAAUGACGUCACGGGCCUCGGGAGCCUGACAGAAAGGGGGCUUACCAGCAGGAGGUCUCUGCUCUGUUAUUUUAGGUCCAGUUAAUCCGCUCACACGUUUCUCCUCUCCAACCCAGGGCUAAUUAUUUUAGCACGCACUGGUAACAGGAUAUAUCUCUCUCUCCAUCUUCCUCUCUCCUCCCUCCCCCUGCUGUCUUCACUCCCUUGUUGUUCACUUCUUUCAUCUCUGCCCCCAUCUUGGGAUUCAUCUCCCUCCCUCCGUAGCCCCCUUGUUUCCUUCUCUCCGUCUUCUUUAUCUCCUCCUCUUCCCGUCGUUUAUAGUCUAGACUCUGCAACGGCAUUAUUCCCCCCACAGAGAAGAAAAAGGGCCUCUACACAAUCCACUCCACUCUUUAAGCCUCUCCUUAUCUGACUGCCAGGCCUACAGCGCAAUGCUCUGCUCCUCUCUCCGCUCUCUUCUGUCCUCCUCGUCCUUCUUCUUCUCUCUUUCAAACCCGAUGACGGACAUCUCUCUCCCCUCCCUACGAAUUGCCCAAUGAUCGACGAACGCCCUCUCGCUUGUCCUUGAAAAUGCCUCCCCACCCCCCCACAAAGGCAUGUCCCCUGCCGGCCCGCCUUCUUCCUCUGACCCUCUACUGUGUUGUUUCUGCUGGUUUCGAAUGCCACAGCUCUGUCCUCUGCCCGCCACUGGCGAAGGACAGAAAACACAUGGGCCGAAAUCCGCCUAUAGUUCUCACUGAAGACGCCAAACAGAAACUUAUAAUCUAGCUAGCUCUCUUCCGGUCGCAAAUACGACGCGUGUUUUAUGUAUAUGUGUGUCUAGUUAAGAGUGCUAAAAAUGAGAUUUGAUACAAAGCAAAACAACAACAACAGUAUGUCACCCUAAGUAAAGCAAAUAUUGUUUUCUGAGACAUUUUUUACAUGUGUACGAGAAAACACGUGGAGAACAUGUUUAUCGAGGCAGGGAGGAAAUGUAAUUGUAUUCGAUGGAAUAUGUCAUAUUUCUGACCUCGUGUGUUAUGGAAGGUACUGUGUGGCGGUCUCUCUGGUGUACGUUUUAUUUCCGAGACGAUGGGAAAAGCGAAGUUGUUGUGCGGUGUCGGAGAGAAAAUGAAGGGUAUAGAUAAGGGUUUGGUUAGCCUCCGAUUCAGUGCGAUGUGGCUGGGGAGUAAGGAGAAAAAAAUAUAUAAGGGGGGGGAGGAAGGUGCUUGCUGUGGGAGAUAGCUUUGGAGGAGGAAGAGACUUAUCUGGCGUGUUAAACCAAGCCAAAAAUCCAUAUGUAUCACCACAGAUAGAGUCGGCUCUUCCCCCAGAGCUUUCUUUUAAAGGUGCUCCUUCCCCCAACCCCCGAGCCAAAGACGGAUUGCGAUCUGCGUGCUUGAUAUGCAGGGUGGAUAGUGUAGACUUGAAUGUUCCUUUAAAAUUCAUAACCGCAAUGGAGGUGCUAGAAUCCACAUAUUUAUAACUGGAGAUCUGUUUCACUAGUCGCUGUUUAGCUGUCCAGUCACAUGGAUUGGUUAGAAUGUUUUUCUUCUUUUGCAGCAAAGCCACACAGACACCUGACAUGAGACAAACAGCAUUAAAAAUGCCUUUUAAAAAUGUUUUAUAUGUAUCAUGAACUGUAUUAGUCAAAGUUGCACAAUAACCCUCCUUUAUUUGAAACGACUGCCGCUUCUUACAUUUUUUUUUUUUUUACAUUUAUUUUAAUGCUUGUGAUAAUUCCAGAGCACUAACAAUUUUUGAUGACUCUGUAUAAUGUGUUGUAAAGAGAACGUAAAUAAAAAAUUAAAGCCCCAAGCGAGGCUGUUGUCAACAGAAGACAAAGUAAACCCA